AAUGUGUAACAUCGUCGUUAAGCCAAGAAAAGUGUUAAAGUUCAUCUUCACCGGUGCAAAGCAACACUGCACACUCUUUUUCUACAUUUAUUAUUCUCCGUUCAGUUUCUAGGGUUUUACGUUAGGGUUUCACUCUGUUAGCCAAACUGGAUAGGCACAGAGGAAACCGCUACGGCGAUAACAACAACAACAACGAUGAUUACUCUUACAACAAUAAUCGUCCUUCAAGGGCUUCCCGUUUCUCCGAUUCUCCGAUGAACUACAACCGUCGAAGUCCCGGCGGUUUUCGUUCCGUCCCCGCCCCUCCCCAGCGUUGGUCUCCGGGUAGGGUUGGGGCAUUCCGUCCACCGGGUGCUGGAGAGGGGUUCAGGCCGGUGGGAGGUGAAGGUGCUGGGGAUUUUGGAUUUAAUAAUCACCAGCAGUUGCCGAUGUCUGGGCAGAAACGAGGGUUUCCUUUCUCUGGACGUGGAGCUUUGCCGGAUCAUUUUGAUGGUGGAAAUUUUGCCAAACUUUUUGUUGGGUCUGUUCCUCGAACAGCAACUGAGGAAGAUAUUCGUCCUUUAUUUGAGGAACAUGGGAAUGUGAUUGAGGUCGCCCUGAUCAAAGAUAGAAAGACAGGACAGCAUCAAGGUUGUUGUUUUAUAAAAUAUGCUACUUCAGAGGAAGCUGAUCAGGCAAUUAGAGCAUUGCACAAUCAAUAUACUCUGCCCGGAGGUCUUGGUCCCAUCCAAGUGCGGUAUGCUGAUGGCGAACGGGAACGCCUUGGUGCAGUUGAGUACAAACUAUUUGUGGGCUCUCUGAAUAAACAGGCUCUCGUAGAGGAAGUUGAGGAAGUUUUCUCAAAAUAUGGGCGGGUUGAAGAUGUUUAUCUUAUGCGUGAUGACAAGAAGCAGAGUCGUGGAUGUGGUUUUGUCAAAUAUUCUCACAGAGAUAUGGCACUGGCAGCUAUCAAUGGACUUAAUGGGAUAUAUACAAUGAGAGGUUGUGAUCAACCGCUAAUUGUUCGGUUUGCUGAUCCUAAGAGACCACGCCAAGGAGAUUCCAGGGGUCCUGCUCUUGGAGCUGCAGGAUUUGGUCCUAGAUUGGAUGCACCUGGCACUAGAUUUCCAUCAAAUAAUUCUGAUCCUAUGGGUGAUCGUAUGCCUCCCCCUAAUGCUUGGCGUCCAACCCGUCCACCAAAUACUGGUACAUCCUUCAAUGCUGGUUUUCACGGCAUGGGGCCUCCAUUGAUGCCAAGAUCUGGCGACAUGACAUUGCCUCUAAGUGCAAGUGGUCCUAUGACUGGCAUAGGAGCCUCCAUAGAUGUCCGUUUUCAAGCUCCAUCUCCGUCAGCAAUGCCACAACAGAAUUUCAAUCAGCCUCGACCGCAAAUUCCACCGGUCAAUCAACCAAUGCCUCCACCACAGAAACCUAUUCAAUCAUCUCAGGAGUUUCCGCCUUCACACCAGUUAUAUCCUCAAGCUCCGAGGCCCUAUCCACAAACAUCGACACUUCCAUCCCUCAGGCAACAUGGUCAGCCACAACCUCUGUCUGCUGGUCCGCAGGGACUGGGCAUUAAUGCACAGUUUUCAGUUCCUCAACCUCAAGCUCAGCAGAGUGUUUUGUCUGCUACGUUUCCUCAGACCUCCCUUGAUACUAGCGUCCAAUCUAACUCAGCAUUGACUACCCCAAGUAGACAGCAAAUUCCUCCCUCUAUGCAGCAGCAGCAGCAGCCCCUUCAACCUCUUCAAUCACUUCAGCAAUCCCCUUCUCAGUUAGCCCAGUUGGCGUCACAGCAAACACAGACUUUACAAGCAAGCUUUCAUUCAUCUCAGCAGGCCUUCUCCCAGCUUCAACAACAAUUACAGAUGAUCCAGCCAUCCAGUCAAGCAUUGACAUUGCAGCAUCAUUCAGAAGCUACUAAAACACAGUCUCAAUGGGGCGGGCCUGUAUCACAUGCAGCUACAGGCACUCAUGUGGCUGCACCUGCUGCAGCUGCUCCUUCAUCAACAGCUGCUACUUCUUCUGUACAAGCAUUAAGCCAGAAUACAACUGUUGCAAAAUGUAAUUGGACAGAGCAUCUUUCUCCCGAGGGCUUCAAAUACUACUACAAUAGUGUGACUGGGGAAAGUCGGUGGGAGAAACCCGAAGAGUUGACAUUGUUUGAACAGCAAAAGCAACAGCACAGCCAGUCUGUUCAGCAGUCUCAAAUUCGGUCACAGUCUUCAAUACCACCCACCCAACAAAUUGUACAAAACCAACAGGUUCAGCCACAAAGUCAUUUCCGAGAACAAGCUCUCCACCAUCAACAAAUACAGCAACCUUCCUCUUUCCAGGCAUUUGGAGUUACAGGUCAUCAAAAUGUUCAGGAACCUGGUUAUAAACAGUUACAGACAUCAUUUGUUUCUGCUGGUGCUCCUGGACGAUAUUCACAGGGUAUUAAUACUACGCAAGAGGUGAUGUGGAAAAACAGACCUGCAGGAGUUUGAAUUUCUACGAGUUAAGGCAUGAGGCAAGGCAUGAGGCGGCAUAUAUGGAUGAUGCAGCUUUUAAAUGGCUGUGUAAGAGAAUCUCAAAUCUGUUGCUUAAAGAAGGUAGAGGACCACCCACCUUACCUUCAUUUUGACCCAAAGUGACAUGUAAACUGUAUAUUAUUCAUAAAUUUCUACGGUCCUAGUAGUUGAGAUUUCACUAUCACCGCCUGGGUUCUGCAGUGAGGGCUGUGAAGGAAAUGCUCUACCCAGAUCCUCGUGUAACAUAGGCUUUGCGUUAUUAAUAAAUAUUAACUUAAGCCAUUAAUUUAGAGACAAUCUAUAAAGUUCAUAUGGUC